AUGAGCCGCGAAGCUGCCCUUGCCGGCGGGGUUGCUGGCGGCGUGGAGUCAGUCGUGGUACAGCCGCUCGAAAUGAUAAAGACGAGGUUCCAGCUCAGCAAGGCCGCGAAUCCAACGAUGUCGCAGGCCUUCCGACAGUGCUAUGCAGAGGGCGGCUGGCCGCGCUUCUAUCGAGGGCUACUGCCAGAAAUGGUUGGCAACGUGCCCACCCGGACAGCUAUGUUUGCGGGCAAAGACUUCUCGUCGAGGCUCUUGGAAGCCAAUGGCUACCAGCGGUCUUGUGCUAGAGAAGGCGUGGCCGGUUUCUGCUCCGGGCUUCCAGAAGCACUUGUGACAACGCCGUUUCAAGUUGUCAAAGUUCGCAUGCAGAGCAAGGAGCUGGUGCAGUUCUACCGCAACGACUUCGAUUGCCUGGUGAAAGUAUUAUCAGAUGAAGGUGCGAUGGCGCUCUUCACGGGAUUAUCCACAACUGUGAUUCGAAAUUGCGUUUGGAAUGGCAUCUAUUUCGGGGCCAUCGCAAAACUGUCCGACUGGAGUGGCCCUGGACCAGACGGAUUGGCGGGCGAAAUCCAGAACCUGGUUACCGGGCUUUGUGCUGGAAUUCUGGCAACGUUAUUUGAUGCUCCGCUUGACGUGGUGAAGAGCCGGAUCCAGGAAAGCAGACCUACAGCUCGCAGGACGCUGCCUGCAACACUACUUGAGCUCUCGCGAGAAGGAGGAAUUCCCGCAUUGUACAAGGGCUUUGUGCCCAAAGCUUGGAGGAUGGGGAUUGGAGGUGCAGUUGGCUUCGUGACCUUUGAGUUCGUGCACCGCGCCCUGACGAGAGCCAGACCAGCCUGA